AUGGGGGGAAUCCACACGGGAAGGAAAAUGUCAGCCUUGAGCCUCCGGGUGGGCUCUGGGUGCCCCAGCACUGAGCGAGACGGCAAGCCCGCGAACGGGAGCUUCCGCAUGUGCAGCGGAAAGGGCAGCGGCUCGGGCACCAAGUGCUUGACACACUUCAUCUGGAUGGGCACAGCGGGCGCUGUGACGGUGCCCAAGCUGCAGGCAAAAAGCAGUAAGACACCUGUUGAUGCCCAAGCCCUGAAAAAGAAGGUCAGCAAGGCGAUCUGCGAACCCGCUGUCUGUGCCAUCCUCAGAAGCCUGCUGCUCUACAUCACCCACCGUGAGGACGGGCCCCAGGGGCUGCCCCCCACCAAGAGGACAGAGAGCGGAGACAGCCAGGGGAGCCGGAAGCCCGAGCCCCAAGACGCCAACAGGCGGCCCACGCGUUUCCAGCUCCUGCAGGCCAAGUUCAUGGGCACUGGCCGGGAGCCCUGGCUCAAGAAGACCCAGGAGGUGGGAAGGCUGAUCUUCAAGGACAAGCAAGGCCCAGGCAGGAGCGUGGUGGCCACCACCAUCAACAAGCUCCUGGAGAAGACCGGGGAGGGGGCCGGUGGUUCCGCGGGGGGCCAGGAGCCCCUCGGCCGUGAUAAGCCCCGGGGGGGCCUGCCCGGCGGGAGAAACACCGUGAAAAACAUUCUGAGGAAGUUCCUGGCCGCAGAGGAGAAGGAGGCUGAGGAGAAGAGGCUGCGUGAGCAGCCCCCUGCGCAGCAGUCCAAAGCCGCCAGGGGCCUCCUGCCGAAGAUCGUGGGCAAGAAGGGCUCGGUGCUCGCCAGGCUGCGGGAGAAGUUCGAGCAGAGCGGGGGUCUGUGCUCAGAGGCCGGCGUGCUGCCGCUCCGCACGGAGGAGCGAAAGAAGAAGAACCUGCAGCGGAAGAAGAUGCACCGGCCCGAGGCCCGCGUGCUCUGCACGGCCACCUUGGCCAGCUCCUGCAUCAGGAUGCCCCCUGCCCGCUUUCUGGCCUGCUCGGCGGAGCCCAUGCCAGCCUUCAGCAUCGCCACCAUCGUUGGCGGCCCCCGGAGCUGGCUGUCCCACUGCGCCAAGAUCAGACCCUCGGACCUGAGGCGCAUGCCCCCAAAGGAAACCGGCAGGCCCCCCAACGCGGGGGAGAUGGUGCCUGAUGGGACCCAAACACCAGGAAAGGGGCUGCUGGAUGGGGGACCCCCCCAGGCCUUGGUAGCACAGGCCGUGGCUCCCACCCUGACAGCAGCCUCCCUGAGUGCAGGGCCUGAGUGCCUCCCUGAGCCGGCCCCCUCGCCUGCCUCCCAGAGCCCGGAAGCCCCUCCUGGCCUGGAACCCAAGUUCUCUUUGCUCACACCAGCCAGCCCAGCGCACGCCAGGGUGUUGGGAGGUGACGGGAUGGAGGGCCCUCCGGCAGGCCUCACCUCAGAUGAUUCCCAGGGGGCGGAGGGGCCAAGGGCAGGCCCCCACACCGGGCCCCCAGGUGAGGGAGCAGAGGAGGCCCCGCAGGUGGACCUCAUGGUUUGCAGUUCAGAGGAUGAAACGGAAAGAGGGAUUUCAGACUCAGAGCAAGACCCCCUCUUUGCCGUCCAGGAGAAUUUUCCGGAACAGCCAGUCCUGGGACAGAUCCCACCGCUCAGAAUGCCAGCCGCCCAGGCUGCCCGGCGCCCCCAGCUGGCCUGCGAGUCUCCGCAGAUAACCGUCAGGCUCCCGGUGGUCCACGAGAUGCCACUCCCUCCCGCCGCGCUGCAGGAGGCAGCGGGUCAUGCGGACCCACCGUCUCCUGUGUGGGGAGGAGAGAGCGAGGUUGAACAUACACCCGCGCCAUUUCCCACUACGACGGGGAGUAAAAGCACCAAGGUGGCCCCGAUGGGAGCGGGCCAGCCUGCAGAGACGCCCAGGGGACUCAGCACCCCUUCUCAGCAGGACUCCUGGGCAGACCUGGCUCUCACACCCCUAAGGGGUGCUGCCAGCAUUGAUGGUGACACCCCAGAGGCAGCUCUGACGCUGAAACCUCCAAGUUCCGCUGGCGGAAAGGAAGACCACCGCAGCUGUGGGAAUUCCAACAAACUCAAGGAUCAGGAGUGUAUUUCAGGACAGCGUGUGUCUGCGCUCAGGUCUAAGCAGCAUCCAUUGCCAGAAUCAGAGGGAAUGCCCAUCCGUGACGAGGGCGCCCCAGCAUGUCACUCCACAGCUCCGGAAACUCGCCCCACGGGAGACAGCCGCUCUGCACUGUGUGGUCAGCAAGCGCCAUCUCCCAACGAGGGAGACUCGACAGGCGCCCCAACACUGCUGGCGGCACCGGCCAAGGACUGGGAGAGGUCUGAGCGUGUGACCACAGUGGGUCAGGACAUCCUGCGUGAGCGAGCAGAGCGCAGAGGGCCACCAUUAACUGAGUCCACUCAGCCCCUGCUGAUGGCUGAAGGGGGUGCCAGCCAGGACGUUGGUGAGAACAGACCGGCCUCCAUAUAUGAAGGCCCCCAACCAAGUAUCAAAGCCCCUGGACGAGGGACAGCCACAGGGGUCACCAAGAGCCACACAGCACCAGCACCAGGGAACACUGUGGACCCCAAAAUCAGUUCUCCUGAACAGGGGAGCCCUUUGCACAAGAGAGAACCUGGCUCCUCACCGACAGGUCACAGUCUUGUCGCAGAGGGUCUCGGCCAUGCACCCAACAGCCACCUCUUCUCGGCACCAGGAGGCACGAAGUCCCCGGUUGCACCCUCACAUCACCCCACACCGCAAGGAGGCGUCGUACAGGGGCCUUCGCGCCACGGCUUGGACAAGCCCCCAGCGUCUCCUGAGGAGCAGCGGGCCAGGGAGGAGAAGCAUGUCGUGUGGGAAAAGCAGCUUCCUCUCACUGCUGGCAUUCCCCAUCAGUUGCCCUCAGUGCCAUCGACAGGAGCAGAAGGGGCCCCCCAGACGUGUCCCGGCCUCCAGGCACACCUGCUGCCUGCAUCCCGCACACAAGCUGGUGUCCUGCUGGGCAUGGAGGUCAGAGAGCGGCCAGGGUCACAGGCAGGCCUGGGGGGUGGAGAGGAGAGGGUCUCAGGGCCUGUGGGGCUGAAGAGUCCUGGUCAGAAGGGAAUCCCUCCUUCAAGCCAGAAGACCCCCUCGUGUGGCUCUGAAGAGGCGCAGACACAGCCCCAGGAUGACGUGGUGGGGAGUGACAGGGCAACCGCUGGUGGGGAGACUCCUUGCCGACACGCUGAGAAGGGACCAGAGCGCCCCCCAGGGCAGUGGGUGCAGUCUGUAGAGGACCCCUCAGGGCAGCACGGUCUCCACACUGAAGAGCGGCAGGGGCGCCCGGCACAGGCCCAGGCCAGCAGGAUGGCACCCCACCACUUGGUGCGGCCCACAGGCAACUCCUUGGCUGUGGCACCUACGCCUACCCCAGGUGCCAGUGGGCAGUCCCAGAGACCAGCCCCCAUGGGUGGCCAGGGGCCACCUGGAGUGCCACCGAAGGUGGAAGAACACUGUCUGCAGGUGGACAAGAGCCAGACGUCCGUCCAUCCUGAGUCAACACAAGGCUCUGCAGUGCCCACGCCCAAGCCUGGGGGCUGCCAGACACCGGGUGUCCCAGCCCAGGAGGGGCCCCCAGACAUCUCCAGGGCAGGAAGGAGCACAUUGGACCGCGAACAUCAGAGGAAGUCAGCACACUUCGCAAAGUACAAAGCCCAAAGCUUCUGCGACCAGAGGUCCUUUGAUUUGUCGUUUCGAGCCAAAGUUAUCAGGGCCAAUGACACGUUCGAACUUCCAAAUGCACAUGGCUUCCCGGGAGCUGUGCACAGCGAGGACGAGGCAGGUGCCAGGCACACCAAGCCUUUGCCCCCCGUGGAUCUGUUCCUUAUUUCACCUUUGGUUGGGUGCUUAGGAAGAGCUGGGUUUGUCCGUUUUCACCCUGUCCAUGGUGAGGUCCAGGUCGCUGUGGUGUCUCCUCUCAGCACAGGUCAGCCAGAUGUGACGGACAUGCAUGGUGGCCAAAGCGGCACUGGGCUCGGUGAGGCUAGGCAGGAAGCGUGAGGUCUGCACACCCAGCUGGGCUUUGUCCAGGGGCAGGGUUCAUUUCCUGGCACCCUCGUCCCUCCAAUCAGGCAAUUAACUUAAAAUCAGGCCGAUUAGAGACUCUCAACUGCAGCGUCAGGGGGGCCUGAGAGCCCCACGGGAGCUGAAGGCGGACUAAGGUGCUGGUCUCCCUCCGUCACCCCUCAGAGGGCUCCGCUCCGUGGGUUGCUCCUCUGUAAAGCAGAGGAAGUGUCCCAGGUUCAACCAGGAGGGUGUGUGCCUGGUUUGCUCGCUGUAGCAGCAGGAGGCGGUGUGGGUGACAGUCACCUACAUGGGUGGCGCUGCCCCGUGUCUAGUGUCUGGGCAUCUGGAUGAGGAUCCCCACCUCUGGGUGGGAGAGCCUUGGGUAGACACCUCCCUCACUGCCUUUUGCUUCCACUUGGAGCUGAGGGCUGGCCAUGGACAGGACUGAGGCCUCUGGCUCUGGUGCCAUUCCACCUCCACCGGGCAGUCGGGGUGCCCAUUGUCUCAAAGAGCACAGGCUACGGAGAUCCAAGGUGUCCCUGCCCCAGGGGAAGGCUGCAUCAAGACUGGGGUUCAGCUUCUCAGAGCUGCAAAUCCAGGAGGCUCAGGAGACAAAGACAUACUCAGGGUCCCAGCAGAGGCCCACAGAUGUGGGGGCUUUUGUCAGUCCCAUCGCCCACACCUGCUCACACCCAGGGGCGUCUUUGCUAGAGCUGGGAAGGUGACUUCCUGCUAAUGCACCUGGGGGGGCACCAUCUUAUUUGUUUUCUUUUUUUAUUUGUCCUCUGUUUCACAAAGGAUUUAAAGCAAUGUUUGGCAAAGAACUUGAUGACCGACAGAGGAGAUAAAAAUAUUCUAUUUACUGGGUGUUCCCUUUUUAAAAUAAGAAGCAGUGGAGUUUCGACACUAUUUUUAAAUAGGCCAGAAAGCCCGUUGGAGAAUGAACUGAGCGGUAUCGUUUUAAGUGGUGGGAAAAAAAUGAUCAGAAUCUCCUCUGGACUGCGGCUUCUGAGAAGUCGUACACGGAGUUCCUGUGGACACCUGGCAGGCGCAGGGCGCGGCUCCGACCCGGCCAGCAGGAGGGCCCUGGCUCUGGUUUCACCAAACACAGUUCAGGUCAGGCUGCCCUCCACGCCGCUACUGGAGCCGCUCCAUGGGAAAGAAUCGAGUGACUUUUCAUCAGGACUUACUAGUGGUCAGUGUGCAUUCACAAUACACUUGAAGCAAGAGUUUACAGUGCAGACGUGGCAGCCGUUUCUGCCAAAGAAAGACCCAGGAGGCCUCCUGGGUUGAAAUGAUUCUUGCAGGAGGGUAGUGGGCAUCUUAAAUGAAACCCACAGUAAACAUUUGUGAACUUUUUAGCUGACCCACUUGAUUUUGCACAUCUGAGUAGCUUAUCAAGUUACACCUCACUUCAGAUUUUUACAGCUCCUUCUACUGUUUACAGACUCAUCUGUGAGCCACGCCUGUGGUAUGUACCUGCAGGGGAGGGGUGGCUCCCGGAGGAAACUCCUAUGAUGAAGAAUCACAUGUAUUUUAGACGCUCCGUUGGGAAAGUCACUGUUUAGAAUUUUAUGAAUUCAGCACCACUUCCUUAUUUUUUUAUUUUUUAGCAAGGGCAUCUUUGCCAUUUGAGUUACAAGCUUUUAAUUAUUGGCUUAUGUAUUAACCCGCAGCUCAACAUUCUUUGUUUUAUUCUCCUUUGUAUAAAACUCUAAAAUGGAUUCAUUAGAAAAAAAAUUAUAUGUAUAUUUUUUGUUGUUGUAUUCUCUUUUGAAUUUUUACUAACUUUAUCCAGCUGGAAAUAAUAUCA